AAGUAAUGAAGAUAAAGAACCUCCGACUCAAGCUGAAAUGUUCAUUGCUACACGACAAAGUAAAAAAGGAAAGGAGUUGGAUCAAGAAACCAAUCAUGCAAUUACAAAGCUUCAAGACUUGAUUGAAAAUCAUGGAAAAACUUCAUCAGAGGCUUUUGAAAGCGUAUUAGGCAAACAAAAACCUGGGAGAAUGCGUUGCUACGGAAGAACCACAACACCGACUCUCUUGAAAAGAAAUGAAGAAAUUGCAAAACUUAAAACAGAGCAUGCUGCUGAGGUUAGACAAUUUAAUGAUAGGAUACAGGAGAUGGAGGAGAAACGUCGUCAAGACAAAGAGGAAACAGAUAGAAAAAUUCAGCUUCUUCUUAAGACCGUUUUGAGUCAAAAUGCCUCAGAUUUGAAUAUAGAUGCUCUGGCAGCUUUGAUAUCAACUCCUGCAACUGAUGCUAACAGUGUUUUACGUUCUUCUACAUCAACACAUGCUCCAACUAAUGAUCAAGUCAUGAAUGAUAAUAUCAAUGAAGAUUUUCAAUCAUUCGAAGAUGAAGAGACUUAG